CGUGCUCCGAAUGUACGCGUUGUACAGCGGCCUAGUUCGUUCACCUUUGACCUAUUUUGGGUGUCACCGGCAAAAUGGCGUCUCACAUCGACAAGAAUUUCCCUGUUGCUGGGUUGCUGCCGAAGAAUGAAACAAGUGCAUCAGCUUUCCUCACCAAGUAUCCAGAGUAUGAUGGAAGAGGUGUGGUUAUUGCAAUUUUGGACACCGGCGUUGAUCCAGGGGCGCCUGGAUUGCAGACAACUACUGAUGGUCUUCCCAAAAUAAUUGAUAUCAUUGAUGCAACUGGAAGUGGCGAUGUGAUUACAUCAACUGUAGUGGAAGCAAGGGAUGGCGAGAUUACAGGAUUAACAGGAAGGAAACUCAAGAUACCUUCACACUGGCAAAAUCCUUCAGGAAAGUUCCAUAUAGGAGUGAAGAAUGCUUACGAGCUUUAUCCUAAGGGGCUCAAAGAGAGGGUUCAGAAAGACCGCAAGGAGAAGCUGUGGGACAGGUACCACAAACCUGCAAUCGCCGAGGUAACACGAAAGCUAGAAGCGUACGAUGCCGCGCAUCCUAACGUCACCAAACAGGAGGAGAAACUUGAGAGGGAUAAUCUUGCCGCCAUGUUGGAUGUACUCAACAACGCAGAUAAGAAGUACUCCGACCCCGGUCCAGUCUAUGAUUGUCUCGUCUUCAACGAUGGCAACACAUGGAGAGCUGUAGUCGACACCUCAACAUGUGGUGAUCUUGCUUCCUGUACUGUACUAGCCAACUAUAAAGAGGAUCAUCAGAUGGCAACCCUCAGCAACCUAGAUAUGCUGAACUACUCUGUAAACAUCUACGACGAUGGUAACAUCCUGAGUAUAGUCACUAAUGCUGGUUCCCAUGGGACUCAUGUAGCUGGUAUAGCAGCAGCUCACUUCCCCGACAACCCCGAGAAGAACGGCGUUGCCCCCGGUGCUCAGAUUGUAGCCGUAAAGAUUGGAGAUUCACGUCUGGGUUCUAUGGAGACUGGUAGUGCACUGGUUCGAGCGAUGAUUGCUGUCAUUGAGCAUAAAGUUGACCUUGUCAAUUUCAGUUAUGGAGAGGCAGCUCAUUGGCCAAAUGGAGGACGAGUAUGUGAUGUGAUAUCAGAAGCAGUAAACAACCAUGGUAUUAUAUUCGUCUCCUCCGCUGGUAAUAAUGGACCAGCGUUAUCUACUGUAGGUUGUCCGGGAGGUACCACUUCAAGUAUUAUAGGUGUUGGAGCCUAUGUGUCACCUGAAAUGACAGCAGCUGAAUACUCACUCAGGGAGAAGCUUCCAGGGAUGCCCUAUACAUGGUCAUCAAGAGGACCAACUGUGGAUGGUGCAUUAGGGGUGAGCAUAUGUGCCCCUGGGGGCGCUAUAACAUCAGUACCUAACUGGACAUUACGAGGUACUCAACUCAUGAAUGGUACUUCAAUGUCAUCACCAAAUGCUUGCGGAGGAAUAGGCCUAAUUCUUAGUGGUUUGAAGAAAGAAAAUAUACACUACACACCCCACAGUGUAAGAAGAGCGGUUGAAUGUACUGCACAAAGCUUAGACAAUGUAGAACGCUUCUCACAAGGUUAUGGCCUCCUUCAGGUUGUCAAAGCAUUUGAGUUUCUGCAGACAUACCAAGACUGUCCAAGUCGCAAUGUGAAGUUCAAUGUCUCGUUUGAAGGGGGACGUGGCAUUUACCUCAGGGAAAACAACAAAGCUCGGGAAUGCAAUGUAUCUAUUGAACCAGAGUUUGUUGAGAAUACAGAUCCUGCAGAAAAGAUUGCCUUCAAUCUUCACAUAGCACUAGCUGUAGAAGCUCCCUGGGUCCAAGCCCCAGCUCACCUUGUCCUCAUGAACACCUCAAGGUCAGUCUCUAUCAAGGUCGAUCCUCAAGGACUUCCAGAGGGAGCGCACUACACCGAGGUGUGCGGUUAUGACCUGAGUGAACCUGCUAAAGGACCACUCUUCAGAAUACCGGUGACUGUCAUCGUACCUCAAGAUCUCAAUGGUCAGAUUGAUGUAGAAUGGACUGACAAGGAAUUCAGAUCUGGUCAGAUCAGGAGACACUUUGUUAGGGUACCUCAGGGGGCAACAUGGGCAGAGAUCAGUAUAACAUCGUUAGAAAGAGAGCAGUCAUCACGCUUUGUGCUGCACACCAUACAGCUGCAGCCUCAGACGGCCUACAGGAACAAUGAAUUCUACAAGUUCCUUUCACUUCAAGAACAAUGUGAGGUUCAGCACUCGUUCGCAGUGCAUGGCGGUCAAAUCAUGGAAUUCACCAUAGCAAAGUGGUGGGCCAGCUUAGGAAGGUCAAGGGUCAAGUAUAGUCUAGCGUUCCACGGCCUGCAGCCUUCACAAAAGACUGUGCAAAUGCAUGCAGCCAAUGGAGUGCGGAGGUUAUAUGUGAAGUCAACCCUCAGGGUACAAGAACUCUGUCCAUCCAUAUCAAUCAAGAACUGUGUGCAACCUCUUAGACCAAAUGAAUGUGAAUUACGUCCUCUCGGCUCGCGGGAUGUCUUACCUAAAGGCAGGCAAAUCUAUGAACUCAUCUUGACAUACAACUUCCAUCAGAGUAAAACCUCAGAGAUCACACCGAACUGUCCUUUGCUGAGUGAUCUGUUGUAUGAGUCAGAGUAUGAGAGCCAGCUGUGGAUGUUGUUUGAUGGUAACAAACGCUAUAUGGGAUCGGGAGAUGCAUACCCUCACCAGUACACUCUGAAGCUCGAUAAGGGAGACUACACACUCCGUCUCCAAGUCAGACACGACAAGAAGGAGAUGCUCGACAAGCUCAAGGACAUGGUCCUCCUCAUCGAUCAGAAACUAUCCUCCAGUCUAUCCGUUGAUGUCUACCAGACGGUAAAUGGCGCCCUCAAUGGCAAAGCAAAGUUUGGUUCCACCAUGACAGUACCGCGAGGCAGCUCCGUGCCGCUGUUCAUACCGCCCAUUCCAGAUGAUAAGCUGCCGAAGGGGGCGAGCCUGGGACAAAUUCUAACAGGACAGGUGACGUUCGCCAAGAGUGAACUUGGAAAGAAGGUAAAGGGCAAGAGAGGUCAUGCAGCAGGCUUGGGGUCAGAGGGCAAAAGGAACAUGGGAUUGAAGCCUGACACCUAUCCAUUUGUGUACGUACUGACCCAAUCACCGCACAAGUCCCAUCUACCCAAAGCAGACAAAUCAGCCAAAGAUAAGGAGAAAACCAAGGAUGAAGAGUUUGCUGAAGCUAACAGGGACAUGAAGAUCAGCUGGUUAUCAAAGCUUGAAGGUGAUGACCUGUACAAAGAGCUUGCUGAGCAGUAUCCAACACAUCUACCUCUCUACGUAGCUCAACUGAAUAAGAAAGAAAAUCAAAAGGAAAGAAGCAAGAACCUUCAAGACAUUGUAGAAGCUGCCAAUCAGGUGAUCUCUUUGAUUGACCAAUCAGAGCUGGCGAUAUUUGUAGCCGUCAAGAAUGAUACAAGACCAGAUGCAGCCAGUAUAAAACAGGAAAUGGAAAAGCAGAAGCACCACCUUAUAUCAGCGCUGUGUCUCAAGGGGGUCGCAGUGGCAGAUCAACUACUCGCUGCAACCUCUGAGACAACCCAAGUGGACAAGGAUUCUUCUCCAGCCGCCACUGCCACAACCACCACCACAACAUCAUCUACGGCACCUACCACAACAACAGCAGCAACAACAACACCAUCGGCCAGUGCGUCGGCAGAAGUGAGCACCUCGGCUGUCUUGGAUGAAGACGCGGCACUACGGGAGGAGAUGGAACACACGUAUACAGAAGUCUUGAAGUGGGCAGAUGCCGAGGAGAAGAAGGUGUUACUCUUCACAACCAGACACGCUCAGGUCAGCAAACAUCAAGGACGUAGACUCAAGUGUAUGCUCAAACAACAAGAAAUGGAAUCUAGGCCUACCAAGGAUGGUGAACUCAGGAUAAUUGAGGUGUACAAAUCAUUAGGAUGGGAUCAUAUAGUAGAACAUGCAGUCAGUUGGCUUCCUGUCAAGUAUCCACCAAACUUCCUCCCAUUCUAGACCUGUCCUUGGUCCAUUUUAGACCUGUUCUAGACCAGUCCUUGGCCCAUUUUGGACCUGUUCUAGACCAGUCCUUGGCCUGUUCUAGACCUGUCCUUUGCCCAUUUGGACCUGUUUUAGACCUGUAUUAGACCAGUCCUUGGCCCUAUUUUUGACCUGUAUCGGGUCACUUGAGGAUUUCUUCAUUCAUGCUGCAAGCUAAGAUGUUCCUUUCAUCCGUUGUCUCUGUCAGCCAUCUGUACGGGGUUGUAUCAACGCCUGGGGCCGUUACACGAAACUUAGCGAUUGAUCUUACAGGUGAUCUGUAUGCAAUCAAGUAUUUAAUGAGCCCUAGAUCUAAUGAUUAGUUUGGUGUAACCUGUCCGUUAAAAAAAGAGUGAUUAAAGGUCAACUGAUAUUUUGAAAAAUGAUUUGUUGCCUUUGAUAUCAAGAAACGGCUCUUUCGUCAAAGAUUUGGUGAUUUUUCUAAUAAUGUGUAACAUGCAUUUAUCAUAGACCCUUACCAGCACACACGCAGACGUGGUCUCCAACGGGUGAAAACAAUCGGAGUCAGCGUUUGAAUUGAGGACUGAAAGCUUGGAUGAUAUGUGAAGCAGUAAUGAUAAUUCAACAAUCUUCUGAUAAAGAAAGAUUAUGUGUGUAAUAACCACAUGUAAAGUGUGCAAAUGUGAUAUGUCUUUGUGUGAAUGAUAGCUAGAUAUAAUAAUAACCAUAUUUAAUUGAUGAAAGAUGUCUAAAGUUAGAAGAGUUAUCUAUACAUACUUUUACAUAAUAUAGAGUGGACAAACCAGUUCACAUGCAGUACUUUGAGUAUAGAGGGGAAGUCUUGUUUUACCAUCGCUCUAUAUUUAUUGGAACAUUUUGUCUUUUCUCAGGAGUAGCGUAGAAUCAACAGUAUUGUCGGAAAGACACGCCCUUUAUUUGAUGUCAACGUUCUAAAACUUGUCAUAAAGUAACUUUCGUAUUAGUCAUAUUAUAUGAAUGUUAACCUGUGAAUCUUUUAUAGCCUCAUGUUCAUGUCCCAGUUUGUUAUAUGUCAGGCCCUGUAUUAUAAAGCUUAGUAAUUGAUCUUAGAACAUUUUUUUUAUGAUUAAAUGCAUUGACUACAUGAACAAUCAAUCAUAGAAAUCCAAUGAACAAUCAAUCACUAAGCCUUGUGAUACAGGACUGUGUUUGGCUUACCCACAAUGGCUAAGCCCAUUUUGUCUAAUGUAUGUUUGGUCCAAUUAUCUCUGAGGGAGCGUUUUAAGAAAAUAUUUGCAAUCACUAAUUUCCGAUGCAAUUUAUGAUUGAUAGGUCGAUUUUAGCUGUAGCAAGUCAGUUUGCCCUCCUUUCAUCUCACUUGGCUAUAUUCCAAUCUGUAAAGUUCCUCUGCUAUUUUGCCUUUUUAACCUUGAUUUUUAUGUUUUAUUGUAUAUAUCUUGAUAAUAUGAAUAAUGUCCAUCUAUUUGUGCUACCCCCCCCCUUCCUUUAAUGACUGCACUUAUCUUUUCUUUUUUUUUUUUUUAAUAACCAGAACAUUUUUGCUUAAUUCAGGAAUGGAUUAAAAUAGUGUGAUCUUGUAUUGUGAAGUUUUUAAGUGUAGAAGACUCUAGACUUGAUUAACAGCCCCAAGACUCAUAAUUUCAUACCAUUUUUUAAUUGUUAUUUAAAUCUUUGUAGAUUUAAUUUGUGCUGUUAAUGAUACUUUGUGAAAAUACAAAAUUUGGGAUAUCUCAUUUGGCCAACGAACAGGUCACCGGUCAUGCGAAAAAAACAACAUAAAAACACUCUUGGUCCUAAGUGUUAAGACUUGUGCGAGUUUUCAGGCAACACUAACAUAAGAUGUUAACACCAGAUGUAAACACAGAACUCAAAAUUAACCAUUUGGGUUGUUGAUGGAUAGUAUGUCAAGUUUUCUGGAGAGAGAAUAUAAAACUUGGCUGUUAUUGCUACCCUUGUUGGCCUACACCACAGUUAUAAUGUGACUAUUAAGAAUUAGCAGGGCAAUAUUACAGGUCCCUAGCUUUAAAGCUAUAAAAACAACUGAUUUUAAUGAAAAAAUAUAAGAUGCAGUUUAAUACCCCCCCCCCAUCUUGGAUUUUUUAAAAAAUUGAAUUUCUAGUGGUGCUACUCUUUAGACUCACCAGCCAGAAUUUGCAACCUUGCAUCACAAUUUGUGUUGGACCCAAUGGGAGUUUCCAAGACUUAUUUUUUAGUUUUUUCCUGGCUCUUUAAGGCAUUUUAUGGAGGUAAUUUGCCCCACGUCCUACCAACAGCGUGCUCUUUUUUAAAUCUAAUGUGUCGUUGGUUUUGAAUAGUCCUCUUGUAAUUGUGGUCUUUCUAGUCUGUGCACAUCUUAUUUCUUACAAUGUUAAGAUUUUUACAUUUAUAUAUUUGUAGAGACAAGGAAGGUAUCUAAAUCUAUUUAAUGAAGAACUUUAUGUGUAAUUGGGUUUGACAGAUAUGUAUCGAUAAGUUUUUUUGUGUGUGUGUUUGGAGACUGUCUUUUAAUGCCACUGAAACAAUGUACCUUGAACCAUUGUUCAGAUUUAAUGUAGGGAUAAUCACAAAGCAAUGACUUAAGUACACUAUUAUGGUUUCAAGUUAUGAUUUUGACAGAAUCAUGGUUUAGAAACAUGUACGUUUUAUUUUCCAGUGACAAUCAUAUUGUACUUGUAAAGAGCUUCUUGAAGGAUUUAAAAAAAUAAAUCUUUUAUGUGAUUUCGUUGUUUAGUACAACUCACUGCCACAAGCAAGACUGGUAUACCAAACCUUACCUCCAACCAACAAUAGUUGGUUGGAGUUCGGAAAUCGAGUCAGUGGACUCUUAUCUUUUGGUAAGGAAGAUUAUAUAUCCAAUAACCAAGUCCCUUGGAUAGGAUGAAAAAUGGCUGGUCCUCUGAUCACUUACUGUCUGAAUAAAGCAACCAGCCAAAGGUUACAGAUGAGUGUUUCAUCAAGCAGUGAUUAGCAGUGACAGCUGUUUUAAGCUACUGAAAUGCUUGUAUCUCAAUGGCCAAGAGCAAUGUGUAGGUGAAAAAUCACUCAGAAGAUAGUUCAUAAAAUGCUCCAUGGGGCCUCACAAAGUUUACUGAUUGGCCAUGUAGUCCGUGUUUACAAUAGAUUGCACAUAAUUAUUGCAAUCAAUUAUAAAAGUCGGCCCUGUGAUCAAUAACUAACAUUUGUGUUACAGCACUAUGGGCUUCAAAUGUUGCAUACCUUUACAGUCUUAUGAUUUAUAUCAAGAUUUUUCUUAGUUUUUCUCUUUGUCAUGAUGAAAGUCUAAAUUUUUCUAAAAAUGUGUGAUAUGUGAAAAACGGUCUUCUAAAUUGUUGUUCCUUCAAGAGUUUUUAGUUAUUAUAAUAAGCAUAAAUCUCCACAUUAUGGCUACUUCCAUGUUGUAUUUACUAAAAAUGUAUUUCAUUUUUUUCAUGUGUUUAUAUUUGAUUUCUACAUUUUUCUGUACAUUUGAUAUGCAAUUCUUGUUAACUGAAAUCAUACAUGGUUGUCUAAUGUGCAUUCCUGUGGUAUGUUGUUUGGUAAUAGUAGGUUUGUUUUUAGAAUUGUCCUAAUUAUACACUUUAAAGGAAGGAAACUGUAGGGAUCAAGGCAGGUCCCAUAUUGAUAAAAUCUUAAUAAACCUAAUAAUUAUAUGACAGUGUUAGUUUUGUCAAUUAAAUUAGGUUGCAUCUAGUUUUGAGGUUUUAUGAAUUUGUGACAAGUUGGUUGAUUUGUGGUUUGGUAAAAUGCACAUCAGGAUCAGAUACUCUUCGGUUGGGUAAAAAUGUUCAUCAAUAUCUUAUUUUGAUAAUUAUAAGAAUUGUGAUAUGAACAUGUCAAAUAUGUAUUAGCUAUUGGGGAAAAAUGGCUAAUAUUCCCAAACAAUCUAAGCAUCAACUCUUUUUUAAUGAUUUAAACAACUACUGGAUGCAUUUUACUCAACAAUUAGUCAUCGAUGCCAAAUUCUAAAUUCUCCAACGUCACAUCAGGCCCAUAUAUUUAACCUUGUUUGGAUAACCAAUGUUAGGUGAAGUAAUUAUUAUUGAUUUUGUGUAUAUUUCAUUUGCUUGCAUUGUAAGUCUAAUCUUCAAUCCAAUGCUAUUAAUGAUGAAAAAAUAAAUCUAACGUUUGUUUUGGGACUCUGCUUUCUAUUUCGCCUUUCCAAAGUGAAUACAGACUAACGGUAUGAUUGUGAUAUGCUUGACAAUUUUUUUUUAAAUUGAUGAUUUUAUAUAUAAAUGUGCACUUUACAUUGUUGUGUGAUACGUAUUGUACAAACUUUAAUAUCCCCAGCUAUCACUCUGCAAGUCUGCAAUUGUAAUCAUAUACUAGUAGCCAUAAUGUAUCAUGUCUUCUUGUAUCUGGAUUCCUGUAGUUCAUAAACAAACCAAGGUUUAAUCAGGCAUUUCAAGAAUUUGCAAAAAUGCCGGUGUUAAUUUAACACCAGCCUGAUAGCUAUAUCGGUCCACACCAAAAGGUGUUGAAACAACUCUGGUUUGGCGUUAGGCUAACACCAAUUUGGCAUCCAAGCAACUCCAAUUAGUGUUAAACCUAAUAUCAGUUUGAUUCUUAACUGGUGUUGUUUCAACACCUCUUUGGUGUAGACCGAUAUAGAAACCAGGCUGGUGUCAAAUCAACACGGGUGUUUUUGCAGUGUAGGCAAGCUAUGUCUGUUAAAAAAGUGAUGUUUAAUCUCCCUUUUUGAUACUUUUUAGGGAAAUACGAUAGCCACCGAUUUUAUGGAGAAUAUAUUUAUAUUGAGAACACUGCACAUUGCUAGUCACAGACUGGUAAAUUCUUUAUAAGAUUCAUGUAGCCAAUAACUUUGGAAUAGAAAACUUUGUAAUUCUUUUUAUGUGUCUUCCACAUGAUUAAAAGUGAUUAAUUACAGGGUCCUUUUUAGUAGAGAAAAUUUCUUAUAUUAACCUAUCAUAUAGUACCUUUUAUUCUUGCAUUCGCCUUUUAAAGAGAACAAUCUUAUACUCGUACAUGGACUAUAGUUUUGAUGAUAUAUAAAUAUAUUCUUAACCUAAAUUUGUAUGGGAAGACGAUCUGCAGGCAUAAUAAACCAAAGUACUAAUAAGUCCAAUGUUUUGCAUGAUAUUUAAAUAAUGGUGGGUAUUGAAAGUUUGCAAGCCAUCGGGAAAUGCCCAACAUAGCAUGCAUGCACUUUGGAUUUGGGAGUAGCAGUUUAUUUGUCAAAAGUAUGCAUUUUAAUAUCUAGUAAUGUGGUCACGAGAUAAAAAAAAAUCGUCUAGAAAAUUUGAGAAAAUUGUCUGUAAAAACAAGAAAGGUUUUGUCAUUAUACUCCAGAUAAAGCUACUGGGAACCAAGAUAAUUAAACUCUUCAUAUGAAAAAUUUGGACAUUUACCUCAUUCAAUUGAAGUUUGAAAUAGGACAGUGCCUUUUCUUUCAAUUUCAGUUCCUAGCCCGUGUUCUGUUAUGUAUUCAUGUAAUACUUAUGUGUUUGAAGGGGACCUUUCAAGAAAGAUGUGUUGUAUAUCAAGGUUUACAUUUCCACCUCGAUAUAGUUCAUUCUAAUCACAAUAAACCAGCAGCAUACUGCUCCAAAGCAGAUAAAUAGAAAUUAGGUCGAUACAGGAUUAAUCGCACUAGAUAAAAAGUCAUAUCCUGAUGGAAAUAGUACUGGUGGGUCGUCUGCACCAGCCAAGUUUUCAAAUAAUGCUAUUUCUUAUCGGCAAAUUAUCCCGAUCUGAACAAUCUCGAGAUUAUUUGUAGUGGAGAUGCAAUCAUCGCGAUAGUUCGCUGGAUUAAUCUUGAGAUUGCAAUUCUGAGUCAAAUUAGGAUUAUUUGCAAAAUAGCGUGAUAUUUACGAUGUAUCCCGCUAAUUUGCAGGUGCAGAUUCACCCGAGAUUCAACCUGGGAUUAUUUAUUCACGGCAUCAGACCAUAGCAAUCUGUUCACAUUCAUCGUUUUAAAUCGUAGCUAAAUUGCUAAUGCUUGGAAGUCAUCCAUAAUGCAUUUUUUUUUCAUUUAGCACUCCUUGUUUUGACAUGCAAGAAAUCUUUUUAUGAUUGGUCCCCUUUGUUCAACCAAAUGAAACAAUCAUUGUUAGUUAAUAAUUGUUCAAAUGUAAACUGGUAAACUUGUCUGAAUUAAAAUGUAUAUGUGAUAGGACUCAAGGGCUGCAUAGAUAAACCCAUGAUACAUGUGAUACCCACAGUAGCUGCUAGGUUAGGCAAACCUUGUUCUGUCCUGUAUUCACUGUUGUAUAGACCUUGUUCAACCAUGGAGUUUCAGUGAUACCUCUGGUUUGACGCUACAAUCUGAUGUGGAAUAGAGAUGAUGAUAUGUUCAUGUUCUUAGUCUAUUGUGAGUAAAUAUAGACAUCUAAAUC